ACAUAAUUAAGACCAGAGAGCAGCAUUAAGCAAUUAAAAUCACUAACAACCUUCUCCUUCUGUUGUGAGUAGAACCUUUUCUCUCUGAUCCGUGGCAAAGGAGGGCACAAAUACAAUCCAAGCGCCAUGGAAUUCACGGCAGCAUUAAGGGGGCUGAGUGUGUCGCAUAUCAUGACAUCACUGUCGAACACCUCCAACUGUGAGGAAGAUGCCGGAUUUCCUCUUCUGGCCAACCUUCAACUCGCCGCUCCACCUUCCAGGACCAAUGAGGAUAUGGAGGUGCAGAGUGAAAUGUUACCUCAGCCCACCACUCCAUCCCCCGGGGACCACAAUCCAGCCACCCUCACUCUCCAGCCCAAAACACUGCCUACAGAGGGGACCACUGAGGAAAUGGUGGCGCAGGAUAUUGUGGAGGACCAGACCAUUGGUGACUGUAUCCUCGAAGAGGGGCUAUUUUAUGUUGCCGGCUGGUUGGUCAGGAUGCUGCAGAAGGAUCAAGCCAUCCAGGUCUGUCAUCACUGUGAAGUGCUGCUGCUGGGCUCCACACUGCAUGAUCACAGUUACGCGUCUCCACAGGAGCACCCAUUUCUGGAAGCCAAACGCUUCACUCCCAACGCGAAUUUGAUGAGGCCUUCAACCAGGUUCUUUAAUGCGGUGAGGGAUCUGGAGGAGGCAUUUGGAAGAAACAUCAAUACCUUCUGGCCAAAGAGUGGGGUACGACAGAACCUUGAGAAGACACUGGAGGGAACAGAGGCCUUCAAAGAGUUCCACAGAGACCACCCGGAACAUGCCCUUUUAAUCGAGGAAAUCUCGAUUAAAAAAUGUACAAUGUGUAGGCUGGGGGCAGAGAUCCGGAUAAGAAACAGGGGCCUCUCUGCCAUCAACGAGAAAAAGGUGGCAGAAAAAAAAGUAUCUACAUUUACAAGUUAAUUAAUACAGUAUAAAUAAAUGAAUGCAGGCUUGUUUUUGACUAGUCUGCAACAAACCAUAUCAACCUUUCUGUGUCUUUUCUCUUGAAGGUUUUUUUGUUUUAACUGCUUUGAUAACAGUAGCUCGUCAUGUCUAUGACUGGUGUAAGUUACACAGAACUAUGAGCAUGUACAUGAAUGAUAUGUGAAUGUGACAGAGAUAAAAUGAUAAGGUCACAUGGCGCCGGGAGCACGAAGAUCUAUGCAUCUCGUCAAAUAUCGUUUAGCUUUAGCCUAGCUCCCAUUUCUGAUCUCACUUACAACUUUGGAUGGAUGACUAAAACAAUAUGUUAACAUUAUAUAAUCGACAAACUGUUUUCAUACACGCUUGUAUUAACUCGUCAGCAUCAUACUUUCACCAGUUAACCACACACUUUUAUUGUCAAAGCUUUUUUUUUCUGCUGACCAUAUCUAACGUUAGCAAAGUUCCCUCUGGUAAUAGUACUCACAGUGCUAAUAUAGCCAACUGAAGCAACCAAAUAACGUAUUUUUUCAAAAACGACAU